AUGGCAGAUAUAAAUUUCCCUGAAUUAAAGAUUGUGUGGCUACAACCAUUGUGGCGCUGCUUGUGGGAGGACGCGAGCAUCAUUGUCCUACUGGGAUUCCUGGGAAUCUUACUACUGGACUCACUCCUACGCAAAGGCAGAGAGAAGGCUAUGACAGUUGAGAAGUAUGUUGUUGGCACAAAAGUUGGCGUUUCCUACAUAUUUAGCAUUAUCUGCACAAUCAUAUUAUUGAGCACUCAUCUCAUAAUGCUCUUGAUGUUGCAAGAGAGAAAUGGUGCUCACUGCCAAUUCAAAUUUCCAAUUCAUUCAUCUAAGAUUCUGCAAAUAACAUCAUGGGCAGCUUCAUUUAUUGUUCUCUACACAACUCAAAAUAAGAAAUGCAUAAAGUUUCCUUGGGUCCUCAGAAUCUGGUGGAUUUCCAACUUCUUUCUAUCUCUUGCUCGUGCGACUCUUGAUGCCCAUUUUGUCAUCACAAGAGAUGAACAUCUAGGACUUGCAGAGUAUGUGGAUAUCCUUAGUCUUAUUACAACAACCUGCCUUCUAGUUAUCUCUAUUAGAGGGAAAACAGGCAUAAUUUUUGACAUCUCAGACAGCACAACUGAACCACUUCUAUAUGGAAAGAGGGAAAAACAUUCCGAAGCCAAAAGGGACAACCUAUAUGGAAAAGCUAGUCUUCUCCAACUGAUCACCUUCUCUUGGCUCAAUCCGCUAUUUGAAGUUGGAAUCAAGAAGCCCAUUGACCAUGAUGAAGUCCCAGAUGUCGACUUCAGGGACUCUGCAAAAUUUCUAUCUGAUUCCUUUGACGAAAGCCUCAAGUAUGUAAAGGAAAGGGAUGGAACUAGAAACCCAUCUAUCUAUAAGGCCAUUUACUUAUUUGGAAGAAAGAAAGCAGCAAUCAAUGCCAUCUUCGCAGUUAUUAGUGCAGGAUCAUCUUAUGUUGGUCCAUACCUUAUUGACGACUUUGUAAACUUCCUCAGCAAAAAGAAAUUUCGGGGGUUACAAAGUGGCUAUUUUCUUGCACUAGCUUUUCUUGGUGCAAAAAUGGUUGAGACAAUUGCACAAAGGCAGUGGAUAUUUGGAGCCCGACAGCUAGGCCUCCGGGUCAGAGGUGCUCUGAUAUCUCAUAUUUACCAAAAGGGCCUACUUUUAUCAAGUCAAUCACGCCAAAGCUACACGACCGGAGAAAUAAUCAAUUACAUGAGUGUAGAUGUCCAAAGGAUUACAGAGUUUAUAUGGUACCUCAACUCAAUAUGGAUGUUACCGAUCCAAAUAUCAUUGUCUAUCUAUAUUUUACACAUGAAUCUAGGGAUGGGGGCAGUUGUGGCAUUAGGGGCAACUCUGAUACUCAUGACUGGCAACAUACCCCUGAUAAGAAUCCUAAAGGGUUAUCAAACUAAGAUAAUGGAGUCCAAAGAUGAAAGAAUGAAAUCCACCUCAGAGAUUCUGCGGAAUAUUAAGACUAUCAAACUUCAGGCAUGGGAUAGUUAUUAUCUACAGAAGCUGGAAAUCUUGAGAAAAGUUGAGUAUAACUGGUUGUGGAAGUCACUUAGAUUGUCAGCUCUAACUACUUUUAUAUUCUGGGGAUCACCUAUAUUUAUUUCUGUGGCAACCUUUUCUGGAUGUGUUAUGAUGGGCAUUCCACUGACUGCAGGGAGGGUCUUAUCUGCAUUUGCUACAUUUCGGAUGCUUCAAGAUCCUAUAUUCAAUUUGCCAGAUUUACUCUCUGCCACAGCACAAGGAAAAGUUUCUGCUGAUAGAAUUGCUUACUACCUGCAGGAAGAUGAGAUUCAACCAGAUGCACUUGAAUUUGUUCCCAAAGAUGAAACGCAAUUUGGGGUUGAGAUCAAGAGUGGAACAUUCAGCUGGGACACAGAAUCAGGAAUCCCGACCCUUGAUGGAAUAGAAUUACAAGCUAAGAGGGGAAUGAGGGUGGCAAUUUGUGGCACUGUUGGAUCAGGGAAGUCAAGCUUGCUCUCUUGUGUUCUAGGAGAGAUGCAAAAACUGUCAGGGAUCGUCAAGAUCAGCGGUGAAGUAGCAUAUGUUCCUCAGUCUCCUUGGAUACUUACAGGAAAUAUCAAGGAGAAUGUUCUAUUUGGAAAACCUUAUGAGAGUGUCAAGUAUGACACAACAGUUGAAACAUGUGCUCUGAAAAAAGAUUUUGAACUAUUCCCUGCUGGUGAUCUUACUGAAAUAGGAGAAAGAGGGAUAAAUAUGAGCGGAGGUCAGAAGCAGAGAAUACAAAUUGCUCGUGCGGUUUAUCAAGAUGCUGAUAUAUAUCUUCUUGAUGACCCUUUCAGUGCUCUCGAUGCUCACACAGGAACGCAUCUCUUUCAGGAGUGCUUGAUGAGGGUUCUCAAGGAUAAGACGAUACUUUAUGUUACACAUCAAGUUGAGUUUCUUCCUGCAGCAGAUCUCAUUCUGGUGAUGCAAAAUGGAAGAAUUGCACAAGCUGGUACUUUUGAAGAACUAUUGAAACAAAAUAUUGGAUUUGAAGUUCUAGUUGGAGCACACAACCAGGCUUUAGAAUCAGUUUUAACAGUUGAAAACUCAAGUCGAGUAUCUGAACAUGCAGUUACUGAUGGUGAUCUUGAUACAGUUAGUAAUGUAAAUGCAGAAUUUCCUCACACUAAGCAGGAUUCAGAAAACAAUCUCUGCAUAGAGAUAACAGAAAAGGAUGGCAGACUUGUGCUGGAUGAGGAGAGAGAAAAAGGAAGCAUUGGAAAGGAAGUUUACAUUUCUUACUUGACCAUUGUGAAAGGUGGUGCCUUUAUUCCAAUAAUUCUUCUAGCGCAAUCAUCAUUUCAAGUGCUUCAGAUAGCCAGCAACUACUGGAUGGCAUGGUCAUGUCCCACAGGUGAUACAGCACCAAUAGCAGAGAAGAUGAACUUCAUACUUUUUGUUUAUGUGCUUCUCGCUGUUGGAAGUUCUCUUUGUGUGCUAGUCCGGUCAUCAUUUUUGGCUAUAGUAGGCCUUCGAACCGCAGAAAAGCUCUUUAGCAACAUGCUGCACAGCAUCCUUCGUGCUCCUUUGUCAUUCUUCGACUCUACUCCUACUGGAAGAAUCUUAAAUCGCGUAUCGACAGACCAAAGUGUUCUAGACUUGAAAAUGGCAAACAAGUUGGGUUUGUGUGCUUUCUCCAUUAUUCAGCUUCUUGGGACAAUUGCAGUCAUGUCGCAGGCUGCAUGGGAAGUAUUUGUCAUCUUUAUUCCAGUAACAGCAGUCUGCAUUUGGUACCAGCAAUACUACAUACCAACUGCAAGGGAGCUUGCUCGAUUAUAUGGAGUUCAAAGAGCUCCGAUCCUCCAUCACUUUGCAGAAUCACUCGCAGGAGCAGCAACAAUUCGUGCUUUCAACCAAAAAGAUCGAUUUGCACAUGCAAACCUUUGUCUCAUAGACGGUCAUUCAAGGCCAUGGUUUCACAAUGUAUCCGCAAUGGAAUGGCUUUCUUUUAGACUGAACCAGCUAGCUAAUUUUGUUUUCGCCUUCUCCCUUGUUCUGCUAGUCACACUCCCGGAAGGAAUUAUAAAUCCAAGCAUUGCAGGAUUAGCAGUAACAUAUGGGAUCAAUUUGAAUGUUUUACAAGCUUCAGUUAUAUGGAACAUUUGCUAUGCUGAAAACAAAAUGAUAUCAGUUGAAAGGAUUCUCCAGUACUCUAACCUUGCCAGUGAAGCACCUCUUGUGAUUCAAAAUAGCAGACCAUCAAUCACUUGGCCAGAAACUGGUACAAUUUCCUUCCAAAAUUUGCAGAUACGUUAUGCUGAACACCUCCCUUUUGUUUUGAAAAACAUAACAUGCACAUUGCCAGGAAGUAAGAAAUUCGGUGUUGUGGGCAGAACAGGAAGUGGUAAAUCAACCCUCAUUCAGGCUCUUUUCCGGGUCAUACAACCCCGAGAAGGAAGCAUUAUCAUUGAUGAUGUAGAUAUUUGCAAGAUUGGCCUUCAUGAUUUGAGGUCAAGGCUUAGUAUUAUUCCUCAGGAUCCAACAAUGUUUGAGGGAACAGUUAGAGGAAACCUAGAUCCACUAGCACAACACUCUGAUACUGAAAUCUGGGAGGCUCUGGACAAAUGUCAACUUGGCGAUAUAGUACGUGCAAAGCCAGAGAAACUAGAAUCUAUAGUGGUUGAAAAUGGAGAAAACUGGAGUGUUGGUCAAAGGCAACUUUUCUGUCUUGGAAGGGCCUUGCUGAAGAAAAGCAGUAUUCUUGUUCUGGAUGAAGCAACAGCAUCAGUUGAUGCUGCAACUGAUGCAGUGUUGCAAAAGAUUAUCAGUCAAGAGUUCAGAAAUCAAACAGUCGUCACAAUAGCUCACAGAAUCCACACAGUCAUCGAUAGUGAUUUUGUCUUGGUCUUGAAUGAAGGUAAAAUUUCAAUGCACCUAAAUCUCUUUAUUCUAUAUAAUGAUAGUCAGUUGGCUGAUGCAGAAGUCAAAGAUUUUGAAGAGUUCCUAUUGAGCACAUGGGUCACUGAGAUGAAAUUUGUUGGCAGAUUCUAUACCUGGACUAACAGCCAUGUUCUAAGCAAAAUUGAUAGGGCCUUAGUAAAUCCACUAUGCAUGACUACAUGGCCUCAACUUGAAGUGGCUGUUAUGGAUCCCUACUUUUCAGACCACUCACUUUUGUGUGUUACAUUGGAAGAGCAAUGUGGGAAGCAAUCGAAGCCCUUCAAAUUUCUCAAUCAUCUGACCAAACAUAAAGAUUUUACUGUAGUAGUGGCAAGAAUAUGUGCAACACUAGUUCAAGGACAACCUAUGGAAAGAAUUUGGCAAAAACUCAAAGACAUGAAAGGAGGUAUGAAAUCUUUGAAUGCUAAAGAGUUCUCAAAUGUGGAAAAUAGGAUAAAUGAUUUGAGAAAACAACUUGAAGCGGUCCAAAUACAGCUCAGAUCUCAACACGCUAACCCUGAUACCUAUGCACUUGAGAAAGAUAUCAAACUGGGAUUGGAAAAGUUGCUUAAUGUUGAAGAAAGUACACUUAUGCAAAAAUCAAGGGUACAAUGGCUGAAUCUAGGGGAUGCAAGCUCUGCUUAUAUUUUUGCUUCUAUGGAACAAAGGAUAGCAGUCAGGCUGCAUUUGCUUACAGACAAUAUCCUGCUUAGCCAUGAGCUUGUUAAAGGGUAUGGAAGAAAAGGUAGAACUCAACUGAUAAAAUCAGUGUUGUUCUUUAUUCAAGUAUUCUGGGCACAAGUUUUUGUAUUACCUAAGAAGGUGAUCCAGAUCAUUGAGGCCACUUGCAGAACCUUCUUGUGGACUGGGGUACUGAACUAUCAGAAAGAGCAUUACUUGCCUGGGAUAAAGUAUGCUAUCCAUAAGUCGCAAGGGAUUUGA